CUUGUUUGUACCUGUGUAUAAGAAUUUACCCCUGAGGAGUUGUCUUGGUCUGGCCUAGGGGGCAGUGGUAAAUCCCGUCACUAACUGAGCCGGUCCAUUGCCAGGGAGCACAUAUGUACUAGCAGAACUGUAGACAUCUGAUCCGGGGAGCUAGAGACUGUUUUGUUUGGCAAUAAACCUGGCCAGGUGCCUUCGUACCUUAUCGGAGUCUGUGGUCAUUGGAGUUUCUCUGGGGGUCUGCUGUGCCAGCGAUCUGCAGAGCCGGGGCAGCACACAGAGGGAACACGCACGCAGCCAACUGUUAUCAACAUUGGAUAGAGCAGAGCACCACACCGGGGACAUCUGACAACAUUGGUGACCCCGACCGCUGAUCUGUCACAUGAAAACGUGAGCGAUGGAGACCUGCGAGGUGGAGAGAUCUGGGUGAAGGCUGCUGACCGGCUCCCAGCCCCGGACACCUCGCAUCACCUGCCGACAUGUCUGAAGGGCUCUCUCGCAAGGUCCCGGUGACGUUUGACGCCGUUGCCGUCUAUUUCUCUGAGGAGGAGUGGGAGAUUCUGUCAGAAUGGCAGAGGGAGCUUUACAAGGAGGUGAUGAAGGAGAACUUGGAGACUGUGCUUUCUCUAGGCUUCCAGAUCCCCAGACGUGGCGUCGUGUCCCUGAUGGAGCGAGGGGGCGAGGCCUGUGUCCAGGAUCCCAGGGACCCUGCACCUGAGACCCACUUGGGGGGAAAUGGCUUCCUAGGCCUGGCCCAAGAAGCGGCCGCCAUCCAUCGGGCUGCUGAGCAGUCGCAGCAGCCUAGAGAAGCCCCGUCUCUCCCCAGCUGGGACGCACGUGUCCAGUGGGGCUGCAGUGAGUUUGGGCCGCGGGCGCAGCCUGGCUCCCAGCGGGGGAAGGCUCCGGAGUUCCUGGGCCGCUGGGGAACCGGCUCUGGAGCAAUGCCCGACGGGCAGGAGGACACCUCCGGGCUGCAGCCGAACCGCCGGCAGAGCCAGGCCGAGGAGCAGCCGCGCCGGUGCCCCAGAGGCAAGGGCAGCGCGGCCGCGCAGCACCGCCUGAGAGCUGAGCGGGAGGCCAGGCCGCUGCAGUGCCCCCACAGCGUGAAGAGCUUCACCGCGCAGCCCAGGCUCACCGAGCACCUGCGGACGCACUCGGGCGACAGGCCCUUCAAGGGCCCGGACUGCGGCAAGACCUUUGGCAAGCCCUCGGUCCUCGUGGUGCACCGCCACAACCACACGGGCGAGUGCCCCUUCCCGGGCCCGGCCUGCGAGAAGCACUUCAGCCACCGCUCCCACUUGACGGUGCACCAGCGCAUCCACGGGGGCGAGCUUCCCUACUCCUGCGCCGAGUGCCACGAGAGCUUCAUCAGCCAGUCCCAGCUCAUCGUGCACCAGCGCACGCACACCGGCGAGCAACCCUACGCCUGCGCCGAGUGCCAGCGGUGCUUCAGCCACCGCUCCCACCUCAUCGUGCACCAGCGCACGCACACCGGGGAGCACCCCUACCGGUGCGCCCAGUGCCAGAAGGGAUUCAUCCGCCACUCCCAGCUCACGGUGCACCAGCGCACCCACACCGGGGAGCACCCCUACCGCAGCCUCAAGUGCGGCAAGGGCUUCCACCAGCCCACCAACCUGGCCGCUCACCAGCGCACUCACCUGGCGGAGAGGGCCCUGCCGUGCAGCCAGCCUGCCCGUGCCUUGCUGAGCCCCAGGGGAGAGCACCUAGGAGGGAAGCAGCCGACGCGGUCGGAAGCUGCUGGAGCCGGCUCCUUUUCAGCCAGGCCUACGUUCCUCUGGAAACUGGGCGACAUCCAGCCAAGCGCCGUACCUUCCCCAGCCCCCAGAGCGUGGCACGGGACCAUGGAACACCAGGGAUCCCUUGGGACAGCCACACUCUGAAUGCUUUAAUGGCAGCUGCGAGCUUCCCCCAGCAUCCAUUGUUAUCCCACUGCAGUGAUGGGGAGGGUCUGUCUCUCGGACAGACUAACAAGGAAAUUCCUAGUUAAUCCCGCUAGGGCGUUCUCAGCCCAGCCUCUCAGCAUGCCUGGGUAGCAUGCCUAGGGGGUGGGGUUCUCCGUCACAGCACCGUGGGCCUCUCUGUGAACGGGUGUGAGCACACACAUGGUCCAAUCCCGCUGCUCUGAUUAUUUCUUUGUCUUGCAGAAUCAUCUAGUCCUAGGUCAGGUGCUAGGCGCUGUAUACCACAGAACAGAAAGGCCAUCCCUGCCCCAACGAGCUUACUCCUAAGAGAGGAGAAAACAAAUGGCUAGAGACAGACAGACAGACAGACAGGCUGGGGAGCCCAGGGAAACAAUGAGAAGUACUGGUCAGCAGGCAGCACACCCACUGCCGAACCGGUGUCACGUUUCCUCUCCCACAGGACCUUCCAUCUGUCUAUGCCCUUUGCCUCCUUUGCUGCAGCGAGCCAUGCACACAGGCUCGGGGUCUCUAACUCCUAGCGCUUUCCCCUUCUUGCACUGGUAACGGUAACGCCCCCAUCACUGCAAACCCCUCCCAAGGAAGGGCUCAGUCGUAGUUUAUCUGCAUUGAGCUCCACGCCCUAGGCCCCGCAUUGCCUUCUGCUUGAGCUAGCCAACGUUCGCCAGACGGGGGCGCUGCUUUCUCCUGGGCAUGUGUCUUUGAGUCCUGCGGCUCUCUGGGAGACGGGGGGGUGCACUGCAGAUGCAUUAGGUCCUCCAGCUGGGCUCUCCGUGCGGGCACCCGGGCGCUUCUUUCACAACCAGUCUGCUGGCAGCCUGUGCUGCGUUCGUUUUUGCUCCCCUCACAACAAGCUCUCUCCGCUCGCUCAACAACCAAGCUAAAGCUACCUCAGCCCCCUUCCGUUCCCAGCCUCCCGGCACAUGGUCCUCUCGGUGGAGUCAAUGUACAUAACCCCUCUGCUAUGUACAUUGGCCAGACUGGAGAGUCACUACGCAAGAGGAUAAAUGGACACAAGUCAGAUAUCAGGAAUGGCAAUACACAAAAACCUGUAGGAGAACACUUCAACCUCCCUGGCCACACAAUAGCGGAUGUUAAGGUAGCCAUCUUACAGCAAAAAAACUUCAGGACCAGACUCCAAAGAGAAACUGCUGAGCUCCAGUUCAUUUGCAAAUUUGACACCGUCAGAUCAGGAUUAAACAAAGACUGUGAAUGGCUUUCCAACUACAGAAGCAGUUUCUCCUCCCUUGGUGUUCACACCUCAACUGCUAGCAGAGCACCUCACCCUCCCCGAUUGAACUAACCGCGUUAUCUCCAUACUGAUUUAUACCUGCCUCUGGAGAUUUCCAUUACUUGCGUCUGAAGAAGUGAGGUUCUUACCCACGAUAGCUUAUGCUCCCAAUACUUCUGUUAGUCUCAAAGGUGCCACAGGACCCUCUGUUGCUUUUUACAGAUUCAGACUAACACGGCUACCCCUCUGAUACUGAUGUUAAUGAAUUUCACUGUAAAUAUAUCCUGGAGAUGAAACUGACCAGCGGCUACUUUAAAAGUGACUUUUUCCUCCCAGGGCCUCUGCCUGGGUUUCUUUUUAAUGUGCCGGUGGAGUAUAAGUAAUGCAAGAACCAUCAGUAAUCAUGUGUGAAUGUCAGGCCAGGGAUCAUUAUGAUUUCUUUUGUGCAUGUGACUAAAGGCAAAUGCUUUAAAUAAAAACCCAACCUAACCCAAUCCCAUCCUAUUUUUGUCAAAUUCUACUUUAAAGGAAAUCAAGUUUAUCAGUAAGACCCUCUUGUUCUUUUGUGUUAGCAGUUAUGGAUAUAAACUGAAUGUUUAAAAGGUG